CCCCCCCAGCUGUAGCGUCAGCCUAGCUCGUCCCAGCCCCGGCCCCGGCCCAAGCGCCUUCGAGCGGCGGCUCCGGCUCCAGCUCUGGCGGCGGCUCCAGCUGGUCCUGGCCUCCGGUCCCAGUUUCCCGUGCCGGUCCGGUCUCUGCAGUCUCCGUGCGGCCCCUGCUCCCGCCGGCAGCCGCCCUCCCCGCUCUGUCCCGCAGGCCGCUGCCCCAACGCCGGGCUCGCCUAGGCCGAAGGUCCCCGCGGGGCCGGGGCCGGAGCCGGAGCCGGAGCCGGGCGGGUUCGGGCCGGAGCUGGGGGCGCCUCCUCCCCUAUGGGCCCCGGCUAGAGGCGCUGCAGCCGCGCCAUCCCUGCCCCCGCCCCCGGCGCUCCGGGAAGCCCCGAUGCUGGCCAAGAGGAAGCCGGUGCUGCCGGCGCUCAACAUCACCCCGACCAUCGCCGAGGGCCCGUCCCCGACCAGCGAGGGCGCGUCCGAGGCGAACCUGGCAGAUCUGCAGAAAAAAUUAGAAGAGCUAGAACUUGAUGAGCAGCAGAAGAAGCGGCUGGAAGCUUUCCUCACCCAGAAGGCAAAGGUGGGGGAGCUGAAGGAUGAUGACUUUGAGAGGAUCUCCGAGCUGGGAGCUGGCAAUGGCGGGGUGGUCACCAAAGUACAGCAUAGACCUUCAGGGCUCAUCAUGGCCCGAAAGUUGAUUCACCUAGAGAUCAAACCAGCAAUCCGGAACCAGAUUAUCCGUGAACUCCAAGUCCUACAUGAAUGCAACUCUCCAUACAUCGUGGGUUUCUAUGGUGCCUUUUAUAGCGACGGAGAGAUCAGCAUCUGCAUGGAGCACAUGGAUGGAGGCUCUCUGGAUCAAGUAUUGAAAGAGGCCAAGAGAAUUCCUGAAGAAAUCUUGGGGAAAGUUAGCAUUGCGGUUCUUCGGGGUUUGGCUUAUCUAAGAGAGAAACACCAGAUUAUGCACAGAGAUGUGAAACCUUCUAAUAUUUUGGUCAACACUCGGGGAGAGAUCAAGCUCUGUGACUUCGGAGUGAGUGGGCAACUCAUCGACUCUAUGGCAAAUUCCUUUGUAGGAACCCGAUCCUACAUGUCUCCGGAGCGGUUACAAGGCACCCACUACUCAGUCCAGUCAGAUAUCUGGAGCAUGGGCCUGUCCCUAGUAGAGCUGUCCAUUGGACGGUAUCCGAUUCCCCCACCAGACUCCAAGGAACUAGAAGCGAUAUUUGGUCGGCCCAUGGUCGAAGGGGCAGAGGGAGAACCUCACAGCAUCUCGCCACGGCCACGACCCCCAGGACGCCCCAUCAGUGGUCAUGGGAUGGACAGUCGGCCUGCCAUGGCCAUCUUUGAGCUAUUGGACUAUAUUGUUAACGAGCCUCCACCUAAGUUGCCGAAUGGUGUUUUCACACAAGAUUUCCAGGAGUUUGUAAAUAAAUGCUUAAUUAAAAACCCAGCCGAGAGGGCAGAUCUGAAGAUGCUGAUGAAUCACACUUUUAUCAAGCGGUCAGAAGUGGAAGAAGUGGAUUUUGCAGGCUGGUUAUGUAAAACUCUGAGGUUAAACCAGCCCAGUACUCCCACACGCACUGCCAUGUGAGGGUGAAGCAGGCUGUCCCGUGUCCGUCGUCUGUCUCCCUGUCCAUCACUGUUUUCUGCCCUUUGGGCUAAAGACAAUCUCCUCCCCAGUUCCUUCUUCCCUCCCCACUCCCACCCCACCCCCAUCCUCCAUCUCUCCCUUCCCCACUUGGACCCUGACCUGGACAACACCAUCGCAGGAAAUGUCUGUCGCCCCUUAUGAACAAGCCAAAACCAGCUUGCUUUGUUUUGUUAAUUCUCCUGCACACCUACUCCAGUCCAGUGCAGCUCUUUCUCUGAUAUUUGGGAAUUGUGGUGCUCCUGUUGUUCACUUAGGGUUCUUUAAAAAGGAAAAAAAGAGGCAGGGGGACCAAACUGUGUACGUCAUGCUUGUCCUCCUCCAUUGGGUGUUUGUCCUUCCUUUGAAUCCCCAGGUUGAGGGGCUUACAGAAGCCCAGCCCUAGAAGUAGUCUACAGAUCACUGAGUAGGAGAGCCAAGCUGAAGGAGGAGGGAGGGUGGAACUCAGAGGUCAGUGUAGCUUCUUUGAAAAGGGACAAGUGACAUUGUAAAUCGCAGGUGUUAGCUUGUUGAGCAGGCCAAAGAAAAGGCAUUGCCUGUUGGUUUUUAGUGGUCACCCGGCCCUGUGUUUCUGUACUACCCUAUGGUGGUUUUGAUCAUGUUAGAAGGUAUCAGAAUCAAUGAAAAUUAUUUGAGUUAGAGAUAUAGCAAAACCCUGUUUCCUCCUCUCCCCUUAGAUCCUCUCUCCUCAUUCAGGAUGUGGCAGAAAGGUCUUUCCAGAAGAUUGCCACCAACUUAAGCAGGUUGAUAGUAGAGGGCUGCUUCACUCUGCUUCUGAUCCUUUAGGGAAAGAAGAUUUGACUUGGUCUCCCCUUGGAUGAGUUUAUAUCCAGCUUCCUAGAGAGGAAAUGUCAGAGUGAUUUUAAAAACCUAACCUCUAUAGUAAAUAAAAAUGCAUCCAGGUUUUUAGCAGGUGUUCAGGAGCAGGUCUGGCUCCUUGACCUUUUCCAGCCCACCCUGACCCUGCUUCUCUUGCACAGCACUCACAAGGACCUCAAAUCAUUCACAUUCAGCCAGAUGGAAUUUAGAUCUGCUGUAACUUGGGACCCAGCAUGCCCUUCUUUACCCAGGCAAGACUGGUUUUAUCUGGUCGUAGUUAACCCUUUAAAAAUCAUACUUUGAGUGUCAGAAAUGUGAUGCCCAGCCUCCCUGAUGUAGUGAAAGGCAGAGUACUGAAUGAACAAGAGAUGCCGCCAGCCUUCCCUCGAUGGCAGACCAACUUCUUCAGUGCUAAGUCACCACUGAGGCAGCUUGUUUGGGAGCAGUGGACCGUGAGGGACGUUUUCUGGGUUCUGAUUCUUCCCUGAAGGUGCUGAGGUCUGAGAGCUUUGUUCCCUUCAUUUUCUUCCUGCCAUAAGCCAAGGUUAAUCUGCCUGUGUACCAGUUGCAUGCAAGUAGCUUUAAAAGAAUGAUACUUGUCAUGACCCAGGUGAUCAGCAUUUGUGUGAAGAAAGAAAAGUGAAGAAUAAUAUUCCCAAGAAUCCCUCUCCCUUUUUUUUAAGUGGUUGGAAAUCAUUCUGUAUGGUAGUUAAAGGAACUUUGGAACUGAAAGAGAAAGACUGGGUAAGGAGGAGAUCUCAGUGGAAAAACAGGGAGCUCUAAAUGGGUGAAUUUUGCAAAGAAACAUUGAAAUGUGAUGUAAGAAAAAACUGUUAAACAGAGCUGGCC